UUCUGGUUCAGUAUAAAGCAUGAUGUACUAGCAGGUCUCUGCACUGUGGUGGUAUGUUUUAGCUGCUGUUUGACUGACUUCGACAUUUGGACUUUCUGAAAACUAUUUUUUCUUCUCUUUUCUUCAGGAGCUUUCUUUAGCUCCCUCCAGGAUCCGAUGAUUACAGGGCAGCUGAGCAAGCCGCUGCUCUCCCUGCGCAGCAACAUGAGCGCGGCAGAACUCCGGGCGGAUGACAAAGCGGCCACCCCAGACAGCGAGCUGAACGACGAGCCCCUGCUCCUGCCCUCCGAGGCCACGGACAGAGAGGGCACUCCCAACAAGCUUUACGGAGCUCGUGACGGCUCGGUCCAGUCUGAUGCUAGCAGCAGUCCGUCAGAGCAGAGUCAGCUCGGCCAGUCUCAUCCAGGAUACCAUAUGGGUCCACAGUCUCUCCUGGUGGCACAGCAGCUGGCAAACGCAGUAGGCGGCGUGAUGUCUGGGGCAGCGCAGGGCAUGAACCAGCCCAUCCUCAUCCCCUUCAACGCAGGGGGACACCUGGGCGGGCAGCAGGGCCUGGUCCUCUCCCUGCCCACCGCCAACAUCCAGAGCCUGGUGGCUGCUGCUGCUGCAGGGGGCAUCAUGACGCUCCCGCUCCAGAACCUGCAAGCUACCUCAUCACUCAACUCCCAACUCCAGCACCUGCAGCAGCUCCAACAGUUGCAGCAGCACCACCACCAGCAGCAGCAACAGCAGCAUCAGCAGCAACAGCAGCAACAGCAGCAGCAGCAGCAACACCAUCACCAACAGACCCACUCCCACACCCAGAAUCAACUGCCAUCCCAGCUUCACAUGACCCAGACCAACCAGCAGCAGCAGACCUCGGUCCCGUCUCCAGGCUCUACCUGCUCCUCCACCUCUGGACACCCGCAGCAUUCUCCACCACACCGACCCAACCACUCACCGGCGCGCAGCCUCCCUUCUCCCGUCACCCCACCCAUGCCUUUGCCGCUGAAUCCUCUGGCCAGCCAGGCGGCGGUAGCAGCAGCAGCAGCAGCAGCCAUGGGUUCAAUCGCUGGUUCUCAGGUGUUUGGCAACGCCCUGUCAAACCUGCAAGGAGCAACCGGGCAGCUGGUCACCAACGCACAAGGACAGAUAAUUGGAACAAUCCCACUGAUGCCCAACUCUGCAGGGCCCUCCAGCCAAUCAGGGGGUGGCAACCCGGCACUGCAGGUACAGCCAAUUACACCUCAGCUUCUGACCAACGCUCAAGGCCAGAUCAUCGCCACGGUGAUCGGCAAUCAGAUUCUGCCUGUCAUCAACACCCAGGGAAUCACACUGUCACCAAUCAAGCCUGGACAGCAGCUGCCUCAGGCUCAGCAGAGUCAGACCGGCCCUGUAUCGUCUCAGCCCAACCUGCUCCACAUGCCCCACAGACAGAGUCCUCUCCACCAGGCCUCUUCCUCCUCCUCCACCUCCUCCUCUUCCUCGGCUCUCAGCGUGGGGCAGCUAGUCAGCAACCCACAGACCGCCCCCAGCGAGGUGGACGGGGUCAACCUGGAGGAGAUUCGUGAAUUCGCCAAAGCAUUCAAGAUCCGCCGGCUGUCGCUGGGCCUGACACAGACCCAGGUGGGCCAGGCGCUCAGCGCCGCCGAGGGGCCGGCGUACAGUCAGUCCGCCAUCUGCAGACACACCAUCCUGAGAAGCCACUUUUUCCUACCACAGGAAGCCCAAGAGAACACUAUAGCUAGCAGUCUGACAGGCAAACUGAACCCUGGCCUUUUAUAUCCUGCCAGGUUUGAGAAGUUGGACAUCACCCCUAAAAGCGCCCAGAAGAUUAAGCCCGUUCUGGAGCGCUGGAUGGCCGAGGCUGAAGCCCGCCACAGAUCCGGCAUGCAGAACCUGACUGAGUUUAUCGGCAGCGAGCCUUCAAAAAAACGCAAGCGGAGGACCUCUUUCACCCCGCAGGCGCUCGAGAUCCUCAACAGCCACUUUGAGAAGAACACGCACCCCUCCGGACAGGAAAUGACGGAAAUAGCCGAGAAGCUGAACUAUGAUCGGGAGGUUGUGCGCGUCUGGUUCUGCAACAAGAGACAAGCGUUGAAAAACACAAUAAAGCGUUUGAAAUCGCCCGAACUCGGCGAGGCUGCACCAAUGGACCCUCUCACCGAUUCUCUAGAGGAGCUCCCGAAGUGAGCGAGGCCCUCCGACACCGGGGUAAAAAAAAAAAAAAAUUGGAGCGGAGAUGUGGCUGCCAUUUAAAAACAAGAAAAGGUGGAUGAACUCUCGAGAACGAGAACUGAGAAAUGUUGCCAGUCACCUGGACCGGACAGUGAUGAGUUUGCAAACAAAAACUAUGUGUUGUCAGUGUGAUUACCACAGUUGUGUAAAUGACCUUGGCGAAACCAAAAAGAAGAAAAAAGAGAUUAAUAUGUGAGAAUUAUGUAAAAAAAACAUACGGUGUGCUGUUUUCAAAGAGUUUUAGAUUCUGGCCUUUACGGACCAGACUGUCGCCCAAAAUUUUGGUUCCUACCAGGAGGGAUUUAAUAAAGAGAUCAUACCAAAUCAAAACACUAUUUACCAAAGUCUGUUGCAUCUGAGUACUAAGAAUAAUUUUGUAAUGUAAAUGUGCUCUAAAUUUUUACAUUUGUACUGGCAAAUCUAAGCUAUAUGUGUGAGGUUGAGUAAUACAUUCUAUCUUUGUCUCGCUUACUUUUUCCUUCAUUGUUUGUAUGUAAAUAUCUAAAACAAGAAAAAAAAAACAAGAAAAAAGAAAAACGCUGUCUUCAAAUUGAAAUCACGUCGAUAAAGUUUCUCUUUUUUGGGAUGAAAAAAAAAUUACCUUUGCUGUUGAACAAUUGCAUAAUAAUGUCGUUUUUGCCUCCGAUUUGUGUUUCACCUGCAGAUAUUUUCAGUGGAACUUUGUACGACUUUUACAGGAAUUUAUUAACGAUCACACGCGAUUGUUUUCCAAGGAUGAAAUUUAAGGACUGUCACGUGAUGAAGAGGA